GCCCGGGCGCCGCCCGCUCGGCCCGGCGAGGACAAAGGCGCGGCUGGGGACGAGGAGGAGGGGGCCUGUUAUUUUGCAGGCUCGCGGGGGAGGCCCCCCGGCCGGCCUGCCUCCGCUUCCCCCCGCUGGACACUCCGAGGCCCCGGCCGGCCAGGCGGCCACCCCGGCUGUGAUUUGGGGACGCUGAGGGAGGGGGCUUGGGGUGCUGGGCGCCGGAUACUGUUGAUUCGGGCCCGCGUAGGGUUUCAUCGGACAAUCACCGGCGCCCCCUGCUCUCCCGGCCCCGGCGCCGGGACCUGGGGGUUCGCAAGGCUGCACCCGCUCGUUGGAUGACGGGCGUUUGGGGGUCCUAAGGUGAAGAGCAAGAGUGAGCCAUGGAGCUACGUGUGGGGAACAAGUACCGCCUGGGACGGAAGAUCGGGAGCGGGUCCUUCGGAGAUAUCUACCUGGGUGCCAACAUCGCCUCUGGUGAGGAAGUCGCCAUCAAGCUGGAGUGUGUGAAGACAAAGCACCCCCAGCUGCACAUCGAGAGCAAGUUCUACAAGAUGAUGCAGGGCGGCGUGGGGAUCCCGUCCAUCAAGUGGUGCGGAGCUGAGGGCGACUACAACGUGAUGGUCAUGGAGCUGCUGGGGCCCAGCCUCGAGGACCUGUUCAACUUCUGUUCCCGCAAAUUCAGCCUCAAGACGGUGCUGCUCUUGGCCGACCAGAUGAUCAGCCGCAUCGAGUAUAUCCACUCCAAGAACUUCAUCCACCGGGACGUCAAGCCCGACAACUUCCUCAUGGGGCUGGGGAAGAAGGGCAACCUGGUUUACAUCAUCGACUUCGGCCUGGCCAAGAAGUACCGGGACGCCCGCACCCACCAGCACAUUCCCUACCGGGAAAACAAGAACCUGACCGGCACGGCCCGCUACGCUUCCAUCAACACGCACCUGGGCAUUGAGCAAAGCCGUCGAGAUGACCUGGAGAGCCUGGGCUACGUGCUCAUGUACUUCAACCUGGGCUCCCUGCCCUGGCAGGGGCUCAAAGCAGCCACCAAGCGCCAGAAGUAUGAGCGGAUCAGCGAGAAGAAGAUGUCAACGCCCAUCGAGGUCCUCUGCAAAGGCUAUCCCUCCGAAUUCUCAACAUACCUCAACUUCUGCCGCUCCCUGCGGUUUGACGACAAGCCGGACUACUCUUAUCUACGUCAGCUCUUCCGCAACCUCUUCCACCGGCAGGGCUUCUCCUAUGACUACGUCUUUGACUGGAACAUGCUGAAAUUCGUGAGUCACCUGGAGGCCAAGGCGGGCUUGGGGGACUGGAUGGGGAAGGCCCUGACUCGGAGGGCCAGAGUGAGCCGGUGGCGGGUGGGGCUCCCGACAGACGGGAGGUAUGAGCUGGACAGUGUGGUUGACCUCACUGGGGUCCCAGAGCCCUCCGGCCUCAUCCAUGCUGACAGCUUGUGCCACCAUGGGCAGCAGGGCCCAGGCAGGGCGCUGUCUCCCGUCAGAACAAGGAGGAUCUGGCUUCGCCUGGGGUCCCUCCUGGGUGCCCGCAGCAGGGCAUGGGUGGUGCUGGCGGCGCCCCCUGCUGCCCUGAUAGCUGCCUACACCGUCCUGCUGCUCCUGUUCUGCACAUCCCAGGUGGCUACCUGCACCGUGGCCCCUCUGGCCAGCCUGGACCCAGUCAUGGUGCUUGCUUUCUUCUUGGUCAUGGGCCCCUGGGUCUGGCUAGGCAGUUGUUCUGUUUCCCUCUUUUAAGAGUCCCAGGGGUGGGGUUGGGUGGGGAGCAGCAUUGGCCGGCCGUACCCAGAGCUCUGGAAUCUGUGAAAUUGUAUGUCUUGUUUCACAUCUCUUCUGGAAAAGGGGGCUUCCUCGAGCCAGGCUCAGCCCCGUGACAGCCCCAUGACAGCGAAGGGACCUUUCUGUCCCCGCCCCUGUCCCUGUGCCGGGCCCACGUACUCACCCACGUACUGGUAAGGAUCCUCUGAGGUCUGGCUUUUCCAAAGUUUGCCACUUGACCAGUGAGCGCAAGAGGCUGAGCCUCAGCUGUGCUUUUUGUCCCUUUCAGGUGCCCGGCUCCCCUGGGCACCCAGAGCCCCCCAGAUAGGCCGGUGGAGGAGGUGGAGGAGCUGUCCCCCCAAAACUACUGGCCUGUGGUCUGGACUCCAGGGCCCUAUUUCUGAUGUCGCCAGGUGUGCCUGAGCCCAUCGGGGCCAGGCCUGAGGAAGUGUUUCUUGGGAGGAUGGGAUAACCCCCUGUUCCCAAGAGAUGGCAGCACAGUGGAGGCCAUGGUGGAAAAGGCCCUGCCAUGGGGUCCUUGAGGGCCAGGACAGCCUGAGGGAGGGAUGGUGUCCACUGCCCACAAGGGGCCUGGUGGGAACGGGUCCCAGGACAGACUCAUAGCCAGACCCCGUCAGCGGCCUCUGUGUUGAACCUGAACUCAUUAAACACCUCCUCUUGCUUCAUCCUGGUGUGCCUCUUUCAUGGCAGGGCCCUCAGCCGCCCUGCUAGAUGGUUAGGACCAAGGCUCUGUUCUCCUGGAAGCCAAGGUCGGCACAUUGGUCUUGGGCUUCUCUUCUCUCUGGGUUUCUUGUUCACUAAGGAGUAACACAGAGGUCAGGCAGAGAAUGGGGGUCUCGCAGGCUAGGGACCUCAGGGAGAGGCCUCUGUUGCCCUUUUCAGCAAGGCUGGAAAUGGGAUAUGGGCAGGGGACAUCUUCUCUGACUUCACCCUAGACCUUCUGGCUCCAAAUGGGGCCCAUGGCCUUGGGCACCUGGGACCAGCUCUUUCCACCACAGGGCAUUGGGCACUGGGCACUUUCUCAUCGAGAUAGUCACUCCCAAGUCUGGUUCGUGAUGGGCUUGGCCCUCCAGCUCAGCACAACUGCAAGAAUGGAUUUUGUAUUCUCUAGACGGACACUGUCCAAGAUGGUAGCCAUUGGCCACAUGCGACACAUUUUUAAUGAAUUAAAAUUAAUCAAGACUGGAAAUGUCGGCCAGGCCUGGUGGCUCAUGCCUGUAAUCCCAGCACUUUGGGAGGCCAUAGAGGGUGGAUCACUUGAGGUCAGGAGUUUAAGACCAGCCUGGCCAACAUGGUGAAACCCAUUUCUACUAAAAACACAAAAAUUAGCUGGGCAUGGUGGUGUGUUCCUGUAAUCCCAGCUGCUUGGGAGGCUGAGGCAGGAGAAUCGCUUGAACCCAGGAGGCAGAGAUUGGAGUGAGCCGAGAUCAUGCCACUGCCCUCCAGUGGCCACCACAUCCGGCAAGGCAGACGGGACCAUUUCCUUCAUCCAGAACGUUCUGUGGACAUCACUGCUCUAGGUUCCUCCCUUAUGGAGUCUUACAAGACUGUCUAGCGAGCAAGAUCUCUUUUCCAGCCAGGCCAGGAGCACCUCUCCACCCACUGCUGCUGGUCUGACCGCCUUCCUGGAGUCCCUCUUGAGGCAGGCCCUGGAGUUAGAAGCUGGGCAGAGGCACCCACAGCCUUCUCCUUUGCCAAUCUCUGACUCAUUGCCACGGCCACUGUAGUGAGCUGAACCACCUCCAGCAGUCCCCUGGCAGAAGCACCUGGAAAACGUGCAAUGGGAACCUUCACCCUGAGGCCAGGCCCUUCCCAUGCUACCCAACAGUAGACAGGACACCCUGUGUUGUUGGCUGCACCGGGGUGCUGGGAUCUGUGGAUCCCUGGAGCCUGGAAGCCACUCCCAGCACAUACAGCCACUGUGUUCCGAGGUCCAGCCAGCCGGCCGGGAAGGAAUUCAACACAGCCAAGGGCAGAGGUCCAUAUGAUGACGGGUGGAUGCUCGUGUGACUUUGCUGACCUUUUAUGUUUUCUAUGGGCAAUAAAGGCCAAGAGAGCUC